AUGGAUUUCAAGACUAUAACUCCUUAUGCAAGAGAUAGAACACCAGAAGUUUACUUAUGGGCAAUCGCUAUAUUUCCGGACCCUGAUUACUCUCAAUCUAGAAUCGUAAUAGCGAAAAUGGUUCAACUAAUUUUGGUGUUAGAUGACAUAUAUGAUGCAUAUGGUACUAUUGAAGAGCUUCGACUUUUAACUAGUGCCAUAAACAGUUGGGGAAUUAAUGUUAUGGAACAACUCCCGGAAUAUAUUAAACCACUCUACAACAUUCUCUUGAGCGAGCUUACUGAAGUUGAAAAACAACUAUCUAGAGAGGGAAGAGCAGACAGGGUGUAUGCUUCAAAACAAGCAUUUCAAGAACUAGCUGGAGGUUACCUACAAGAGGCUGAGUGGAGAUAUCGUAGACACGUGCCAUCAUUCGAAGAGUAUUUGAGGAAUGGAUUAAUUACUUCAACGUAUGAUGUUUUUAUAAAAUCUUCUUUAAUGGUUAUGGGAGAUAUUGUUUGUGACAAGGCUUUGGCUUGGUAUGAAAGUCCUCCAAAUAUUGAGGAAGCUACAAAGUUACUAGGAAGAAUUUAUAAUGAUAUUACAACUUACCAGUUUGAGGGUGAAAGAGCACAACAAGUCGAAUCAGUGCAUACGUAUAUGAAGACUUUCGAGGUGCCAGAAAAUGUAGUUGUUCAUGAACUCAAGAAAACAAUUGAAAAUAAGUGGAAAGAUAUCAAUGAGGGGUGUCUUAAGCCAACUGAAGUUUCAAUGGAACUUCUUGCACCAAUUCUUAAUCUUGCUAGAAUGACUGAUACGAUAUAUAGGUACAAUGACACGUUCACUUUUCCAGAAAAGACAAUUGUGGAGUACGUUACUCUGUUAUUCAUAGAUUUUGUUCCAAAGUAUUAA